UUUGUCAUUUCCGGAGUGUUCCGAUAACCAUUAUUGACAUUACCUGGUUCAUCUUGACAUGUUGUCUUUUGUCGUUAACUCUGAAAUUUAGCACCAUGUCGAAACAAAGGGAACUCACGAAGCUGAGCGAUGAGAACUUGGCCAAGCAACCGGAUGAAGUGUUUGAUAUUAUUUGUAAGAUAGGACGAGGUUCAUAUGGCAGCGUCUUUAAAUGUCUGCAUAAAGAGUCAGGGCAGGUUCUGGCCAUCAAGCAAGUACCAGUAGAUACAGACCUGCAAGAGAUAAUCAAGGAGAUCUCCAUCAUGCAGCAAUGUGACAGCAAAUAUAUAGUCAAGUACUAUGGUAGCUACUUCAAAAACACCGAUCUCUGGAUUGUCAUGGAGUACUGUGGAGCUGGUUCCGUGUCAGACAUCAUGAGGUUGCGCAAUAAAACGUUGAAUGAACGGGAAAUUGCCACCAUUCUAUACUAUACACUGAGAGGUCUGGAAUAUUUACAUUCUCGGAACAAGAUCCACCGGGACAUUAAAGCUGGAAACAUUCUUCUUAAUAAUGAAGGCCAUGCUAAACUGGCUGACUUUGGUGUUGCAGGACAGCUUACUGACACCAUGGCCAAGAGAAAUACUGUAAUUGGUACUCCUUACUGGAUGGCUCCAGAAGUAAUACAGGAAAUUGGCUACAACUGCGUUGCUGAUAUAUGGAGUCUGGGCAUAACAGCAUUAGAGAUGGCAGAAGGCAAACCCCCUUAUGGUGACAUUCAUCCUAUGAGGGCUAUAUUUAUGAUCCCCACAAAGCCGCCACCAUCAUUUCGGCAGCCAGACAAAUGGACUGCAGAAUUUAUUGACUUUGUCUCAAAAUGUCUUGUAAAGAACCCUGAAAACAGGGCCACUGCUGAAGAGUUGUUACAGCAUGAGUUCAUCCGGAAGUCCGAGUCAUGUGAAGUUCUUCAGGAAAUGAUUCGUGAGGCUAAGGAGAUACAGGAACUGCAAAAUAGCCACAUGACAAAUGGAGAUGAAUCGGGUGAGGAAGAUGACACUGAUGGCACCAUGGUGAAAAAAACUGAGCAGACAGACGGAACUAUGAAAGCACAGUCAGAAGCUACUUUGGUGCCAGAGGGAGGUAGUGACACUCUAGUUGUGAACAGCACAACCAGCACCCUGCAGUCAGACCUGGGAACUAUGGUCAUUAACCAGGAGGAAGAGGAGGAGGAAGAGGAAGAUGAUGGAACAAUGAAACGCCAUAGUACAGCCACAGGGGGAAAAGAAAAAUAUCGGCCAGCUUACCUUGACCAUUUUGAGAAGAAGCAAGAAGAGGAAAAAGCCCGCAUGUCCAGCCACACCCAGCCUGUGCCUUCAAAACCUGUGCCUCCUCAGCAGCCUCAGCCUCAACAGCAACACCAGCAGCCUCCUCCCAAGCAAGUCACACCACCUCAUCACUUCCAGCGGUCUUUCAUCGAAGGAGAUUUCGCCUUUUUGCACUCUCUUGACUAUAAGGAGUUGGAGCAGAGGUUGGCCGACCUUGACCCAGAAAUGGAGCGUGAGAUUGAAGAGUUACGAGCACGGUAUCAGGCCAAGCGUCAGCCAAUCUUGGAAGCUAUCGAUGCUAAAAAGAAAAGACAGCCAAACUUUUAGAAGAAAGUCAUCGUGUGAUUUUGUAAACAUUUUGUACAGCAAGAAAAGGUUAAUUGCUGAAAGUGGGAAACACUGAAAACUUGCUUCGUAUCUGAUAACAUUAUCAGUUCAUGGAAGAAGUUGCAGUCAUGUCAAUUCGUGGAUUUCUGCUAUAAGUGUCUCCUGACUUUACUACAAAGUGAUUAUUGCAUUUAUCUUUUGGCAACUGGGAGUGGUACCCUUUGGAAAAAACCACCAAACUGUUGAUUAUGUGGUGUUGGACCUCCAGUCUCUCAGUAUCCUGUAGCUACUGGAGUUGGUUGAAAUAUUGCCUUGAUAAAUCAGCUACCUGAGGGAUGGGCAGAGGGGAAGGACCAAAAAGAAUGACACAACAAAACCCUGAGAUAUCUGGAAUGAACUGAUAAUGGAAGUAGUGUUUGAUGAUGUGAGCACAUCAAUCUUCAGGAUAAACAUAAAUGUAAUUCGUCUCCAGCUUGUAUGGUCAUUUAUUGUGGUAUAGGUCUAGACAGCAUUGUAGUCCCCCCUAUCACUCCAUCAAAAGCCAGAAGAAACAAGUCGGUGAUAUAUGGGAAAAGUGCUGGGAGAUUGCUGUGGGGCUGGGAGAAUGAGUGGGUAUCAAUUAUUUAAAUGUACAGUUGCUGGAAUGUUAUAUAAAUCUGCUGAUUUGGACAUUAAGGAUAAGUGGAGCUAAUGUCCACCUACUUCUGGAACUUCCAUCUGCAUAGAUGUGCAUGUAAGUACUUUAUUCUUGGUAAUUUAAAAUUAAGGCAUGGGAACUGGGGAAAGAGGAUCCAUUACAUAAGGCAUAUCUGUUGCCUAGUGUGGGUCUAAUCAUGUUAGCCAUGAGUGACAGCCGAAUGCUACAUAAUUCCUAGGAGCAGAAACCUGUUACUGGGUUUUAAAAAAUGUGGAUGAGGAGGAUUGGCUCAUUCAGUCUCUUAAUGUUUUUCAGUCAGAUUUUUUUUUCAUAUCUGCCCCACAAACAUAAAUAAAUGUAGGUUACUUGAAAGUUGUUAACCUGGUGCAAGUUUUUCUUGGCCUUCUUACUUGUUCUUUGAUGAAACCAGGAGUGAAGAGAAUGCACAGCAGAUCACCUUGUCAGUCCAUCUGGCCAUUUCAUGGCAGUUUUUUUUGUUGUUUUUUUUUGUUUUUAGAUAAUAUCCAGUGAGCAUAUUAGUGUGGUGUGCUCAUUUAAUGGUUGUUUCUGGCUGAAACUGGUAAAAUUUCCAUUGUAAAAUACUGUCAAAGGAGUUAUUCAUUCAAAGAACAAAACAUUUAAAGAUUUUCUUGCAUCACCACUUAAUUUGAGAGCACACUUCAGCUGAUCAACACCAGUUAGUUCUGUUUUUCACACUUCCCAUGCUGUCCAACUUUUGUAGUUAUUAGAGAUUGCUCAAGUAAAAUUUUGCUCAUUAUAGCAUGGAUAUGUGUGUUUAGACUUUCAGUAACUGAGAUCUGUGUGAGAUACCAAGUCUUGUGAUUGAAUCCCCGAGUGAAACUAACUUCAGAACUAGCAUGCCUGUAGCAAAUAAUCAUAAAACACUGUGUUUUAGCUCUCAUGCAGGUAAAACAUCUUCGAUCAGGGAGCAGAAGGUAAACAGGGGGCAGUUUUAUGCUCACUUGAUUGACAAUGUGUUUACAGUUUUGUUACAGAGCUGCAAGGAAGGAGGGGGGAAACCCUGACAAAUCCAUGAAACUUAUCUGUCUUUUUUUUGCCCCCGAACAUCCAUAUUGUCCACUUUCUAUUAGUGAUAGCUCUUUGCUGUUGCAUCUUCUGAUCCCAGAUGAUGUACUGGGCAGUGUGUGCAGUCUCUUUCAGACACAGCAGUUUUCAUACCAGACUGCAGCUAUGGGUAGAUUACUUUCAGAUUGUGUAAGGUAUUUUCUAGCUGUUUCAUUUUUAUCUAUCAUUGUUUGUAACUUGCAUUGUUCAUUGCCACAUGGACUGCAUCAAAAUAAUAUUUGCUAUUCUAGCAUAAUGGAUUUGUCAAAAUAUGGUUUAGCAGCUGAAGGGGAAGAACUGCUACAUGUGGAAUUAGAUGCAGCAGGAUGAGAGUUUAGGUGCUAAAGUGUGAGUGUUUAUUGUUUAUUGCAAAUCAUAUUUAUACUGUUUUUCACAGGAGUCAACAGUCAAACCUGCCUGUGAAAAGGGUACCUUGUGUAGCACAGCAGGACUGUUUGCUUGAAGCUUUAACUCUUUACAUCUCAGUGUUUCUUGCUCAGACACUGACUUAAUGUUUUUUGACUAUACAUAUUCAUCUGAACUGCAGACAUAAAGGGCACGCUAGUGGUUCCUUACUAAAUAGAAAAAUAAGUUGAUUAUUUUGGACUAUGCUAGAAGUGGAUCUUGGCAAAAAAGAAAAAAAAAGAAAAAAAGGGAGUUUUGCAGAACCCAGGCUGUUCUAUCUUACUUUAAGAUAAGAAAUCCCUCUUGUUGAACAAAACCUUGCUACUGUUGGUGAAAAUUCAUACAAGUAUUGUCUGAGUUUUUUAAUUUUGUUUUUGUUUUUUGUGCUUUCUUCACAUUCUUAACAAGGAGACAUUUUUCUUUUGCUGACUGAAUGUAAACAAGCUGUUCCAAUUGUACAAAUUCACUUCAUCAUCUCCAUCAUAUCAUUCAUCAGUCAUCAUUGGUUUUUGUGGAACAUAGGCCUGCAUCAUUGUUGUCCAGCAUGCGGUGCUUUCAGUCUUGUAUUUGGAGCAUAGUUGACUGGGGCUUAAAGAAAAAUAUUCUAGAUAUGCAGCAUUUAUCUCAAAUGUGUAUUAAAAGCUAACUUCAUUUGCUAUAAGUGCGCGCUAUUCAUAUUGAAAAUUUGUUUAUGAUAUUGUAGAGUGUCUAUUUUUCUACACACAAAAAAAAUUGUUAAAUGAUGAUACAUAUUCAGUGACGUCCUACAGUGACUGCCAGUUUAUGGUAGUGUCCAUACUUAUUGUUCUGCCUUUCUCAGCACAGACACAGGUAUCAGAAUUCUAUUUUUCAGCAAAAAACACAUUAGCAGAAGCAGAGCAAUGUUUUUUUUUUUCCCUAAUGUCACAAAUAUCAUAGGGUAGUUUUAUUAGCUCUAACUACCUUUUAAUUUCUUGUGGGUCAGAUAAAAUUGUUGAUGCAAAACUAAAUUUUUUAGACUGUCCAUAAUUUUAGUAAGAAGUAGUACAGUCCCUUUCUCCUAGACUUGUUUCUUUUGUCUAACCAUAUUCUUGCCACACAGAAAGGAAGGACCAUUUUAACCUGUGUCAAAAAUAUUGUCAUUGAAGAUAAAUUGAAAAAUAAAUUUUAUUAGACUUUUCUAAUGCCUGGAUUGUUUAGUAUGUUCUAAGCUUUAAAAGCAGAGUUGUUGCAGGUCAUUUAUUCAUAACAAGUUGCUCAUAGGUAUGCAGAGGUGGAGACUGCCGGCUGUUUCUCAAAAUGUCUGUAGUCAUGUAUUAAGAAUGUCAAGUUUCCUAAAGACUGUAUAGCCGUGAAGAAAGUUUAAAAUUCUGGACAUAGGCUGUUGUUUAAUUCUGACCACUACUGUAUUAAUAGAAUUUGGAUGAAGAUCCCUUAUGAAUAUACUGUCUAGUUCCUUUUUCUUGUCGAUCUUUUUGAUAAGGGCUAAUAGAUGUACAUUACUGUUUACAGAUUUGUGAAAGAUGAUAAAUAUUCAACUUAAUCUUAUGAAAGGAAUUCAUGUCCCUAUUUGCUGCCAGGUAUUUGCAAGAGAAACAUGGAUUCCAAAAGGAAGCAUACACCAUUCAUACCCACUGAAAAAGAUCACUGUAAAACGCUGCCCACAUGUUCACAAACUGAUACACAUAAUCAGUCUCAAACACAGCCUCCAUGGUUUUUUGGGUUUUUUUUUUUUUAGCUUUCAAGGAGGUUCCAUUACGUGGGAAAUUUUCCCAGCCCAGAAUACUUUUUCUUGACAUACCUCUUAUGCCACAUAGUGCUGUCAUGCUAUGGUUUAAUAGAUAUUCAUUAUCAUAAGGAGUAGAUCUUAUGUCCAAUAGACUAGGAGUUAGUGGGAGAUUGUUUUCCAUUCCAUGGCUUGAUUCCUCAUGUAAUAUCAUUAUAGAAUUUUAAUUGUAGGGAAAAAAUUGCACUGAAACCCAGUCAUUUUCUGUGCUUCUUUGUAGCUACUUUUGCUUUUUUAAGUCUAGUCCUGUUUGCAGUGUGAAUUAAUACCUGUGCUAUUUCUGUGUGACACUAACAGCAUGUUACUCCUGUUUUGGUUUUAAUUUAAAUUCUGUCUCAGGAAAACUUGGUAAUUAUUUGUUCAGAACAAAAGUGCACAAUCAGCACAUAGAAGAUGUAUAAAAAAAAAGAAGACAUUUUCUUAAAAUUAUUUGAGAAAAGUUGUGUAUUACAAAUGUCAAACUCCAUGUAACAAACCCUGCUCUUUUUUCUUUGCCUCAUAGACAUAGCAGUGAAACUUUAUGAAGAGCAUCAGCAUUGGUUGUACAUGGGGGCUUCUAGUCAAUAUCAGCUGUUUCAUGAGAAUGUAUUCCUUCAAACAUUAGCUUAUAUGCUGUCAUCAUUUUCAGUCCCUAACAUUAUUACCCUCAUCUGCUUGAAGUUUUGAAGGUCUGCUUAAAACACCGUAAAUAAAUUAAGCAUUCCACUAGACAUCAUUUAGAUUUUACUUAAAACAAGACUUCUGGCAAUAUAUGUUAGAAAUGUGCACAACUCAAGCACAACGUGAGUAUGGACUUCAAAAUAGUGUGUGUGUAUGUAUGUUUUUCAACCCAGAAAUGGGUGGCUAGCAUCUCGUCCAUCAUUUUAUUUUUCUCCUUCUCUCUCUUCCUUUCUUUAUUUACAUGUGUACAUGUUGUGUGUGUGGGAGUGUGUGAGAGAGUGAAAGAAAAGAGCAUAUGUGCCUGCACAUUUACACACCUUGUGAAAUUAAAUAUGGAAAUAUAUCUCUCGUUUUACUGUCAGUAUCUGUUAGCACCUAUAUAAAAUAGAAACACGUUAAUAACUUGUAUACUCUUGAUGCACACCAAAAACCUUUUUCUUUGAGAUCUUCAGCAGGAAUGUCUUGAGUAAUUUCCUUAAAUAAGAUUGUCUUACAUUGUAAAAUGAAAAUGUAAAGUGAAUUAAAAACAGCCAUACUCCUUGGAUCUUCUCAUCUAGGGGCUAUAUUUCAUGGCUUAAAAAUGCUAGCUGCUGGGAUUGUACAUAAAAUGUUACAGAAGUUGCCCACAAAAAAUAUUGAACUGUGUCUAUACUCAUAUUAAAAUGAGAAUGAGAGAGGCUGAGGGUAUGUGUGAAUUCCUUGGAGGGUUGGUACAGUUUGCUUUCAGAAAGAGACCAGUGGUGUCUCGUGAAGUAGACUCAUGAAGAAAGAGCUUAUUGAAAUGCUUUGAAAAGUUACCUGUUGUUACGACUAUACUUCAGGAAUGUCAGUCCUUUACUCCAGAGAAGAAUGACUGCUUGUUUUAAGUGAUAUCAUUUAUGUGCGCUAUGACUUGUGCUGCAGCCUAAUAUGAUAAUGCUUUUUCCAGCUGUGCUGGUGGAUCAACCAAGUCAAAUAAAAUUAAUUUAAUCUAAAACAAGACCUGCAACAAAGAUUUUGUCAGAGGGAUUUUUUUGUUGUUGUUUUUUUUUUUAAUGAGAAACUAGUGAAAGUAGCUUGUAUCAACACAGAGAAAUGUGCUUUACAAAUUCAAGUAUAACUUAUUAAUAAUAUUAAAUCUGAAUCUGCACAGAGCAUUUGUUUUAGCAUCACAAAGGAAAGUCUUAGUUCUUAUUUUGUGUGUGUGUAUUGCAGAUGUCUGGAUACUUUUUUUUUGUUUUUUAUUUGACUUGGUAGAACUGCCUUGAGUUUGAGGUGUUUAAGGCUUGUAGUUUCAGGCUAAAGUAAAAAAUAGUCCUGUUUUCUGCAAGCCCAGUUUUGCAUUGUUUAGUGUAUGCUAGUAAAAGAUUCUAUUUUUAAUCAAUAUUUUGUUAACUGUUAGAAUCAUUGUUUAGAGGGAGUGUGAUCCAGUAUUUUAGAGUAUAUAAUGCCUUUUCCCAAAAAGGAAGAAAAACAACCCAAAACUGCUUAUAUAAUUUUCCCAAGCUGUGAACAAAAUUAUCUCUUGAGUGUUGAUGGUUCUAAAAUAAGUCAGUCUAGAAUUGCAUAAAGUCUGUUAAAAUGUUUCAUCUUUUCAACAGUUCGCUGUUUAAUAGAAGGUAGUGUAGUUAUAACAGAUUUGAUUUUUUUUCUCUUUUCAUUAAGAGUUAGAAUGUGUGCAAAUGUAAAUAGAUCAGCACUUGUAAACAGAUUUCAUGCAAUGAAGGUACCAGGAGAGUUGAUAUUAUGAUUAUGACUAAUUAUUAUUGCAAUGUAUGAGGAAGCAGUAUGAGACAUUACAGAAGAAUGAAAAAAUAAAGUGUGUCUUAUUUAA